GCUGUGCGCUGCCACGUCUCCUCAGCUCCCGGGCGAUGGAGUCUGAGGAUGAUGAGUCUUGGUGAUGGGGUCGGGCUGUGCUUCUGACUUUAGCUCUGGCUCUGGCACGGACUCCCGGCCUGGGUCUGGUAACCUAGCGACCCGAGAGCUUUCUUUGACUGUCCAGUGGGAUCCUGCCCGCGUCCCGGCAGCUGUUUUUGGAGCGCUUCAGAGGAGGGAGUGAGUUCGGGUGCCCGGGGUCGCGGCUGUGAAGCCGCCGCCUCCUCCCAGGGAUCCCUCUCCGUGGCCAGCCUGUCCCAUGCAGCUGAAAUAAGUUGACAGUCAUCAGCCUGGGUGGCAACUUCAGGUGGCACUGGAAACUACCUGGUUCCUGGACAUGCCCAGUAGAAGGCGGGGUCCCAGUCGGCAGCAGCUAAGCCGGUCAGCUUUACCUUCCAUACAGACAUUGGUCGGCGGCGGCUGUGGCAAUGGAACGGGCUUGAGGAACAGGAAUGGUAAUGCUAUUGGCCUUCCAGUCCCACCCACUACAGCCUUAAUUACCCCAGGUCCUGUUCGUCAUUGCCAAAUCCCUGACUUACCAGUAGAUGGGAGCCUGUUCUUUGAAUUUCUUUUCUUCAUCUACCUGCUGAUUGUUCUGUUCAUUCAGUAUAUCAACAUCUAUAAGACGGUGUGGUGGUAUCCAUACAAUCAUCCUGCUUCUUGUACUUCACUGAAUUUUCACCUCAUUGAUUAUUACCUGGCAGCAUUCAUCACAGUGAUGCUUGCGAGGAGGCUUGUAUGGGCCCUCAUUUCCGAGGCUACUAAAGCAGGUGCAGCAUCUAUGGUUCACUACACAGCUUUGAUCCUGGCCCGCUUGGUGCUCCUUACUCUGUGUGGAUGGGUGCUCUGCUGGACCCUGGUCAAUCUUUUCCGAAGCCAUUCAGUCCUCAAUCUCCUGUUCCUUGGCUAUCCGUUUGGUGUUUAUGUUCCUCUCUACUGUUUCCACCAAGAUAGCAGAGCCCAUCUUCUUCUCACAGACUAUGUGGUGCCGCACCAGGCAGUAGAGGAGGCAGCUUCAAAUGUGGGCAGUUUGGCCAGAUCCAAAGAUUUCCUCUCCUUACUGCUGGAGUCUCUAAAAGAACAGUUUAAUAAUGCCACGCCCAUCCCCACCCACAGCUGCCCCCUAUCUCCUGAUCUCAUUCGCAAUGAAGUAGAAUGUCUGAAAGCAGAUUUCAAUCACAGAAUCAAGGAAGUUCUCUUCAACUCCCUCUUCAGUGCCUACUACGUUGCAUUUCUCCCGCUGUGUUUUGUGAAGAGUACCCAGUAUUACGACAUGCGCUGGUCGUGUGAGCACCUCAUUAUGGUGUGGAUCAAUGCUUUUGUCAUGCUCACCACGCAACUGCUACCAUCCAAAUACUGUGACUUGCUACACAAAUCAGCUGCUCACCUGGGCAAGUGGCAGAAGUUGGAGCAUGGGUUCUACAGCAAUGCUCCACAGCACAUUUGGUCAGAAAACACAAUAUGGCCUCAAGGGGUGUUGGUGCGGCACAGCAGAUGUUUAUAUAGAGCCAUGGGACCUUACAACGUAGCAGUGCCUUCAGAUGUAUCCCAUGCCCGCUUUUAUUUCCUGUUUCACCGCCCAUUACGAGUGCUGAACCUGCUUAUCCUCAUUGAAGGCAGCGUUGUCUUCUACCAGCUGUAUUCCUUGCUGCGGUCGGAGAAGUGGAACCACACGCUCUCCAUGGCCCUCAUCCUUUUCUGCAACUACUAUGUUUUAUUUAAGCUCCUCCGGGACAGAAUAGUCUUAGGCAGGGCAUACUCCUACCCUCUCAACAGUUACGAACUCAAGGCCAACUAAGCUGCCUCUCAACAAGAGGGAGAACUCAGAUAAAAAUAUUUUCAUACGAUCUAUUUUUUCUUGCGAUUUUUAUAAAUAUUUAAGAUAUUUUAUAUUUUGUAUACUAUUAUGUUUUGAAAGUUGGGAAGGGUAAGGGAUAUUAAAUGUAUCCAUAAACAAGAUGAUGUUAUCUUUCAUGUGUUAGUAUACUUGAAUAUUAUACAUGAAAGGUUGCCCCUUCAGUAAAAGAUUGACUUGUUUGUCUGGCUCUGGAGUGACAUUCACUUAGGAACAUGUUUGCAUAUUGCUUGACUGGGGUCUUUGGUGUGUCUGUUUCCUUUCUAGUCGUGGUAUUGCUAUCUUUAGUUCCUCUCCUGGCCAUGAUUACUGCUUUAGAAAAGCAAAUCCAGCAGAUGGAUGGGCUUGCCUUCCCUGGCUGAUUCUGGGAUGGCUGCAGCAGAGGGAGUUCCAGUCUUGGGUCCGGUGUGCUUUUCGCCCACUGAGAGGAGGCCCUUCUAAACUGGUGUUCUAGGCUUUGCUGUCACUUUGCCUGAUCUUUCAUGGCUUUCACUUCCAAAGGUUUUCCUUUUACUCUUAGUUACAUGCAGAAAUGCUUUUCAAAGACAGGAAGUGCUUGGGAUGCCCACACUCAGGAAGGAUCCAAGGGAGGGGCUGAGUGUAAAUGCCAUGUGGGUCACUAGAGUGUGGGGAGAUGGAAACCGUCAACUGAUGGGAAGAACGAACAAGCCCUCAGCAAAAUAGCCUGAGGGUGCUCCGGCUGCCACCCUCUGCAGUGGUGUGGUUGGAGUGACGAGGGAGCGAAAAUACAAGAAGUUUAUGCUCUGUCUCAGAAUUUGAUCUAUAGCCAAAAUUUGUGUUUUAAAUUCAUACUCAAAGGCUGAAGAUGCAUCUUCAUAUUAAUGUACUUGUUUCAUAUGCACGAGGUCUGAUUUGUUCCCCAACAGUGCAGAAGAUAAGUAAAUAAACGUCUUGUGUCAGCA